ACGAUGGCGUUUUGUACAGAACUCGAGUUCAACAGCAAUGCUAUCAUUACUUUUCACAACAUUUGAAGCAUUAGGGGAUGCGAUCGGAUCGGUAGUCGGCGGGACAUUAAUGGAAUAUUCUAAUUACUCAUGGUCGUCGUUUCCCUUUUUUCUAUUUCAAUUAUUUUUGAUAGUUAUAAUUGUGGUUUGUAUGUGGCGUUCAUUCAACAAGGGUGACCAUGAUCAUGUGACAACUGAGCUUCAGCCGUUAGUGGUUGCAGCCACUCAAUUAAGU